CCCCCGUCCCCGUCUCCGCUGUCCCGUUCCCCCCCCCCGCUGUCCCCACUCGUGUCCCCCCAGGGUGUCCCCAAGCCCUUCUCGGAGGUGAUCAAGGCGAACAUCGGUGACGCUCACGCCAUGGGCCAGACCCCCAUCACCUUCCUGCGCCAGGUGACGGCGCUGUGCCUGUGCCCGGAGCUCAUGGCCAAUCCCGCCAUCCCCGACGAUGCCAAAGAGAGGGCGCGGAGGAUCCUGGGGGGCUGCGGCGGCCAAAGCGUCGGUUCGUACAGCGCCAGCCCGGGUGUGGAGCUGGUUCGGGAGGACGUGGCUCGUUACAUCGAGCGGCGCGACGGGGUCCCGGCCCGGGCCCAGGACAUCUUCCUGUCCACGGGAGCCAGCGAUGCCAUCAUGAACAUGCUGAAGCUGCUGGUGGCGGGUUCGGGGUCGUCGCGCACGGGGGUGAUGAUCCCGAUCCCGCAGUACCCGCUCUACUCGGCCGCCAUCGCCGAGCUGGACGCGGUGCAGGUCAAUUAUUACCUCAACGAGGACCGAGGGUGGGCCCUGGACGUGGCCGAGCUGCGGCGGGCGCUGGCUGAGGGCAGGAAACACUGCAGCCCACGGGCACUGUGCAUCAUCAACCCGGGAAACCCUACAGGUAAUGGGAUAUGGGAUAUGGGAUAAUGGGA